GUCGAAUCCUGAAGGAAGUGAUCUACCAAUUAGAGAAUGUAGGCUGAUCCUUUUGCUUAGCGAAACGCCUGUCAUUUAAAUUGCUGCUUACUACAGGGAAUAAAAGUUGCAAGAAAACGUCGUGGAUUUCUCUUUCAUAGUCAGUACCGUUCUCUACCAGGAUUGCCUACUCCCAAAAUCAUGCUUGCGCCUGAACCACCUGGUUUGUCUCCAUUAGAGACCAUAUAUAUGGACGAACAACUACGCUUUUACGAGCAAGAAAGUGGAAAAAUAUCUUACGGUGAUCUUCAGCCCAUAGUUUUUGAAAAUAAUGAUCAUAUGCCUCCCAGUACUCCACAAGAUCUCCUGGCAAGCACUCAAAGACAGUUCAGUUUUGAAGAUAUUGGAGAGCUGGAAGCAGAAAAAUCUUGGCAAUUCAAAUCUCCUGACCAAUGGCAGUCCAAUGAUGUCAUAGAUUGGAUAUUUCAUUGGGCUGCUCAAAACAGAGUGGAUGUUCUGGAUAUUAAUAUGAUUAUCUUCAAUUCAGUCACUGGACGAGAUUUAUGCCGAAUGUCGAGACAUGAAUUUUGCUCCAUUGAUGGCCAGUAUGGAGGGUCGCUUUAUGAUUCCCUGCAGUUCUUGAUUGCACAAUACAGUGGACACGGAUCAAUGCAAGAACAACAUUUAUUGCCUUCAGAUCAUGAUUUGGUAGAAGAUGUGGACUGGGAUAGAUCCUCACGGUGGAACAAUAUCUUCGCUGUUGAUCCACAAGGCCCAGCAUCUGGAUAUUCGGGCUGUGAUUCUGAUCGGGAGAGCGCUAGCAGUAGUUUGAGUACUGUGAAUGACAGAAGUGAGCUUGGAAUGAUUUUUAAUCCCGUCACAAAGCCCUUCCAAAAGCAGCAAGCUUCAUCCUUAUGCAUCAAGAAAGUUGGACGACGAGGUCGACCUCCCAAAAAGGAUGGGAAACUCCGUGGAAAGCAAGGUAAGGGCACGGGUAAGCUGUGGGAAUUCAUUCGCGACCUCCUGCUGAAUCCGGCCACCAAUCCGAGUAUGAUUCGUUGGGAGAGAAGAGAGGACGGCAUUUUCAAAUUUGUGCAAUCUGACAAAGUGGCUCGUCUUUGGGGAGAUCGAAAGCAAAAUCCGAGAAUGACUUAUGAAAAACUAAGCAGAGCUAUGAGAUAUUACUACAAAAGUCAGGUACUUUUGCCUGUCUUUGGGAGACGUCUGGUUUACAAGUUCGGUCCAAACGCCACAGGUUGGAGACCCAUCAUCCAUCCAUCUCAUGUGAUGUGAAAAGUGCCAGUGAUGCAAUUUUUUAUGCAGCAUAAAAGUACAUCAAUUUUACAAACAAAUUUUCAUACUUUUUGUAUGGCGUGAAUCACCGUUCUAUACUGACUGAUUUUCAGAAAUGAAUUUAUGUUUUAUCUUUUCCACUGAAAUAGAUAGUUUUUUUUAAUAAGAAUUUAUAUAGCUCUUUUCAAUAUGCUUGUUUUAAUUAAAUGGUUGUUGAGUGAUCAUGUGAAUAAGGCAAAGAAUUGUUUAUGAAUGCGUUAAAAUCUUCAGACACCUGGAUAUAGGAAUUCGCAUUCAUUCCCAAAUCAAUAUCUUCUUAUUACAAAGCUAUUAAAAAAAAACCUAAGUGCUGUUGGAUUAAAAAAUUCUCAUUGAUACAUAAAAAAAGUCCCACAAAGAAGAGUAAAUUGAAAACACAACACAGAAUGCAUUGAAAUUUUUUUUAAUCUUUUAAAUAUUUCAAUUACAAUCUGUUUAGUACCAUAAUUUUAUAAAAGAGACAAGGCUUAACGUUCAACAAAAUUAAGAUAAAAAGUUUAUAGUUAAAAGUUAGUUUGUAAAUAUAAAAGAUGUUUAAAUUAAAUUUGGUAAAGGAAAAUAUGUAUAUAUAACUAAAGCUCGUCGUAAAU